GCAGAAAAGAGGCGGGUGCGGGAUUGUUUAAAAUAGAAUGGCAGUGAUGGGACUGCAGAGGGAAAAUAAGAUCACACUUAGUGCCUUUGUCGUCUUUACCGAUCAGUGCUUGUUAUUCAGUGCCGAAUAAUACCGAUGAUGAUUUCAGUUGAUGAGUGGCGCGUCCCUGCCCUGGAGAUGAAUCCCUGGGUGCCGGCGCCCUAUGCCGUGACCCCUGCAGCCCAGGUGCUGGCCAGAUGUGUGGCUUCCGGAGCGCUGUCUGAGGACGUGGAUGGCAUCCCCAGAGACAUAACUGUCUUCUCUCCUCAACUCCUUGAAGCUGAACAAGUUGCAGCAUUGAGGCACGACAUUAACGAGAAAAGCCUGGAAGUGGAACUCUUACAGCUAGAAAAAGAGGGAGCUGAGGUCACCCACAGCUUUUAUCUCUCCAAGAAGUUUGAAGCCCUGCAGCAGUUCACCUCCCAUUUGCAGGAAGUAUUGCAUGAACGUAGGAGUCUUUGGCAAAGGCUGAUGAAACCACAUUGCCAGCAGAAUCUGCCCGUUGAGGCCAACCUGCACAGGUAUGUGGUGCAGCUCGUAAGUAUGGCCGCAGACUUCAUCAAGAACCUGGAGAGCAGGGUGCAGACAACGCGCUCCAUUCCUGACAUUGGCCAGUCCAUGGCCAGCCUGGAUAAUGCUCUCACUCGGCUUCUGUCUUUGGUAUCAGAUGUGGAAGAGCUGUCUAAGCAAAUUCUACAGUGGAAGGAUCUACAGAUUAAUGCCCCAAAACAAUCACCAGAAAAACACUAACAAUGCAGAAAGUAUACUUCUAAGCACCUCUAGUAUUAUCAUCAUUAAUACAGGAAUCAGUUUAAAACAGGAUAUUCAUAGUUUUUGUACACUUAUUACUUUUACUUAUUACUGACUACUACUCAUAAUUGAAGUGUUAGCAUUGUGUUUACAAUAAGUAAUUUGGGACCACAUCUUUUGCCUUAAAAACAAUCAAGAGGAAGACUUUUUUUAACCAACGGUAUGUUCCUUGAUAUUCUGUAUUAAUACAUUUUACGGUUUCCACUGUUAUGACUCAUGCUUAUUGGCUAAUGAUAUUUUAAAAUGUCUUCUUAUUAAUCUCUUUUAUAAAUAAAUCCCAUGCAGUUUUAACUAUUG